AUGAACCCUCUUCAGUUCUCCUUCAUCUUCCUUCACCUCACUUUGUUACUUCACUUUUCGUCAGCUGCUCCGGCGUUGACUAUAUCCGUGACUCCAAAAACACUUUCCAAGUCCGGUGACCCGGUUCACAUCCAGUGGUCCGGUGUUGAAUCGCCUUCCAGACUUGAUUGGCUUGGAAUUUACUCCCCUUCCACCUCCCCCAACGACCAUUUUAUUGGGUAUAUCUUUCUGUCGAGCUUAGCCGGAUGGGAAUCAGGAUCCGGGACCGUUUCAAUCCCGUUAGUCAACUUGAGGUCCGAUUACCAGUUUCGGAUCUUCCGAUGGACGGAAUCCGAGAUGAUGAACGCCACGAGCUUUGACCAAGACCAUAACCCACUUCCUGGAACAGAGCAUAUGUUGGUGGCGUCGGAGGAGAUCGGGUUUCAACCGGGUAUGGGGCCAGAGCAUGUGCACUUGGCGUUGACGGGUCGUUUGCAUGAGAUGCGGGUCAUGUUUGUGACACCCGAUGGGAAGAACAAUACUGUGAGAUAUGGGUUGACCGAACAGAAUCUGGAUCAGGUUGUGGGAACUGAAGUCUCGAGGUAUGAGCGGGAGGAUAUGUGUCAUCCACCUGCAAAUGAUUUUGUUGGUUGGAGAGAUCCCGGUUAUAUACAUGAUGGUGUUAUGACUAAUUUGAUCAACGGAAAGAAAUAUUAUUACCAGGUUGGUAGUGAUUCAGGAGGAUGGAGUGAUAUUUUCAGCUUUGUUACCCCAAAGACCCAUUCGAAAAAAACUGUAGUUUUCUUGUUUGGUGACAUGGGAACUGCUGCACCUUACAUUACCUUUGAUCGGACACAGGAGGAAAGCAGUUCAACCGUGAAAUGGCUACUCCGUGAUAUUGAAGCACUCGGUGACAAGCCCACGUUUAUCUCCCACAUUGGAGACAUAAGCUAUGCUAGAGGUUACUCAUGGCUUUGGGACCAAUUUUUCCAUCAAAUUCAGCCUAUUGCCUCCAGAGUUCCUUACCAUGUCUGCAUUGGUAAUCAUGAAUAUGAUUGGCCAUCACAGCCGUGGAAGCCUGAUUGGGCUAGCAAGUUGUACGGCUCUGAUGGUGGCGGUGAAUGUGGAGUGCCAUAUAGUCACAGAUUCAAGAUGCCUGGGAACUCUUCGCAAGUAACUGGAACAAGCGCACCUGCCACUAGGAACCUAUUCUAUUCUCUUGAUUUCGGGGUAGUGCAUUUUGUGUAUAUGUCAACUGAGACAAAUUUUCUCCCGGGAAGUGAUCAAUAUGAAUUCUUGAAAAAUGACUUAGAAUCUGUUGACAGGCAAAAGACCCCAUUUGUGGUUGUUCAAGGGCACAGGCCUAUGUACAGCACCUGCAAUAGGCCGAAAGAGAUCCCCUUGAGGAAGAAAAUGAUUGAGCACAUAGAACCUCUUCUGGUGAAGAACAAAGUGAGUCUUGUGUUAUGGGGUCAUGUGCAUAGAUACGAGAGAUUCUGUCCUCUAAAUAACUAUACUUGUGGGAGCUUGGAGAAGAAUGGUGAGGAUAACUGGGAGGCAUAUCCAGUGCACAUAGUGAUUGGGAUGGGCGGACAGGACUGGCAAGGACAGUGGCUACAGAGGGAAGAUCAUCCCAGUGAUCCAGUUUUUCCGCAGCCAGAGCAAUCUCUGUUCCGUGCGGGCGAGUAUGGCUACACUAAACUUGUGGCGACGAAGAAAAAGCUCAAACUUUUUUACAUAGGAAAUCAUGAUGGAAAGUUGCAUGAUAUGGUGGAGAUAAUGGCACCAGGAGUAGCUCCAAGUGCCUUUAUGGAGAUGGAAGCCAUGGAUUGUUGGUACUACGUGAAGAACCUCUCUCUGAUGGUGCUUGUAGGCUUUGUUGCAUAUUUCCUUGGUUUCACAUCACAUUGCAGAAGGAAUGUGACUGAGAACAGCGGCUGGACUCGCUUAAAGGCUGAAGAUGUAUAA